UAAAAGGAUCACACACUCACACAAACACAAUACACAAUACACACCGAACGAAAACCUCAAAAAAUCUCCUUCUCCUUCAAUGGCGUCCUCAGAAUCCGUAGACGAUAGCUUCCGAGCCCGAGUCGAAAAGGUGUUCGGAUCCCUCGCAUCCUCGAAAUCAUCGCCGUGGUCACUCACCGACGGCGAGGUCGAGCGACGAGAAUGGAGGCGAGAAAGUAACGACACACGCGAUCGCGACGACACGCCGUGCUCAUCGGCGUUCGACGAGUGCUUUAAGAAAGACCAAAGAGCUUCGCGAAGAAAGCUUCGUAGAGAGCUCGAUGACCAAAACGACGACGCGGAUGAACAGUCCGAUCGGUCGUUUAGAGGCGGAGAUGCUGAUAUAGACGAAUGGGAAAUCAGAUCUUCGAUCGGCUUGGACCCCACUCUCGACCGCGAGGAAGAGGAAGAUGAGUUUGACAAAGUGGCUACAGGCAGAGAAAAUGCGGGUGAUCGUGUGUUUAUGGGAGAUGUUUCUGAUCAUGGGUCUUAUUUGAACUCUCACAAUGUGCUUACCAAUUCAUUACAUGGUACUAGUACUGCAAAGGAUCCACGUGCCAAUCACCUGGCUGCAAAAAUUAGGCUAAAAGAAGAUGAAGAUGAAGCUGAAGGUCAAAAGUACAAUUCUGGCGGUGCUCAUGACUCGGAAGUUAAGGGGCAGCAUGUAGAAACAUCUGAAGAUUGUAAGCAACUGAGGUCCAUAUUGAAGAGGAAGGACAAUAAUGCCGUUUUUAAGCCACAAAAACGUGUCAGGUUUGACCCUAGUGUUGGAAGUGUUUUUGAAGAAGAAGAAAGGACUAUGGCUGCCUCCUUGAUGGAGCCUACGGGUUCAGAUGAUGGAACUCUGGAAGGCCAAAAUGCUUCUAGGUUACCGGAUUAUUUACUAAAUCCUUCCAAGUAUACACGUUAUAGUUUUGAUUCAACGAGUGAAUUUGAUGAAGAAUCUAAUGCUCAAGCAUAUAUGGACUUCAUUAAUCUUGUAAAUAAAUCAAAGCCUCCAGAGUCAAGGUUAGAGCCAGCUGAUACUUCAGUUGAUCUGUCAAAGUCUGUGAUCUUUAUUCCAAAGAAAAAGACUAGUGAUGCCAAAGCAGUAAGUGAUAGUGGUGUGUUAAAUCAAAACAUGGAAGAAGAUCGUAAGCAGUUCUUGCAUCGAGCAGGCUUUCUUGUAGGAAUUGCGGCUGGGGAAGCCCAAAAUGAAGUUAGUGCAAUGGAGGAGGAUGAAUCACAAACAAGUGCAGCAGACGGAAGUGCUGGUUUUCAAAAAUCUGGUCGGAGGUAUCGUACAAAGUCAAGGUCAGAUGACGAUGAUUCUUGAUGUUCUCUGAAGUUUCAGACAGGCAGGCUUGAGCGAUGGUUCAUGAUAGAUUUCUGACAGAAAUCUCAUGGUAUCUUUUGAACUCUUUUAUCACAUAAGCUUAUUGUCUUUUGUUUGUAGCUUUGUGGGAUUAUCAGUCAUUAAACAGUAGUGCAUAUGAGAUGACAGAUGUCUUGGGCUCUUGGCCCAUUGGUAUGUUGCAAAACUCAUGCCAUAGUUCAAAUCCUAUCAUUAGUUCCUAUCACUAGUGUAUGAGAAUGCUACAUUCUGUAAGAAUAUCUUUUGUGAAUGAAUAGCAUUGUCACUUAAACGUUUACCCCAGUUGAUUCA